AUGCUGGAUGAGAAACACCCCAACUUGCCAACGAAACCAACGGACGAUAACACGUACAUCCUAGGUAGGAUAUAUGAUCAUAAUAUUGUCAUUGCAUGCCUUCGAUCGGGUGUUUACGGUACGACAUCAGCUGCAACACUGGCGACACAAAUGCAAUCCACUUUUCAGUCAAUACGGUUCUUUCUAAUGGUGGGCAUCGGAGGAGGAGCGCCAAGCGAGAAGGUUGACAUUCGACUGGGUGAUGUGGUGGUAAGCAACCCAACAAGGGACUUCGGUGGGGUCAUACAAUAUGAUUAUGGCAAGACAGUGAGCGGCGGUCGCUUUGAACGCACUGGGGUGUUAAAUAAGCCGCUACCAGUGCUCUUGACAGCAGUCUCCAGGCUAAAAGCAGCGCAUCUAUCAAUGCCAAACAAGAUUCCAACCCUCCUUUCUGAGAUGCUAGCGAGGAACCCCAUGAUGAGGAAGAGUUUCACAUAUCGUGGUGCAGACCAGGAUCUAUUGUUUGAUUCGGAAUAUGACCACUGUGGCUCCGAAAAUACUUGCGACAAUUGCGACAAUACGAGGCUAGUAACACGACCUGCUCGGCUUACAUACGACCCAAUCAUUCAUUACGGUCUUAUUGCAUCUGGGAACCAAGUGGUGAAGCAUGGUCGCACUAGAGAUAAGCUGGCCCGGGAAAUUGGCAUCCUCUGCUUUGAAAUGGAGGCGGCUGGCUUAAUGGAUGACUUUCAGUGCUUAGUGAUCCGAGGAAUCUGUGACUAUUCUGACUCACAUAAAAACAAACAAUGGCAACAAUACGCAGCAGCAACGGCGGCUGCCUAUGCCAAAGAACUCCUCUCUGUGGUCCACACAAGCCAGGUUGCAGACACACCGCCACCGCGCUCAGACUUAUCUUAUUACAACGGAAAGCUCCCAUUCGGAGGUGAACAUGCCACAGGUGUGACAGUGCGUAGAAAUGAUGAUCAAGAUUAUGAGACACUGUUAGAGCAAAUUUCAAGUUAUGAUUAUAGAAAGGUUCAUCGGAGACUCUCUCAGAAACGUCUCGUCGGCACCACGCAGUGUUUCUUGAUCAUCCGGAUUUCCAAGCGUGGUUCACUGACAAGAGUAUUUCCACUUUAUGUUGGCUCAGGCAAAACAAUAAUAGCAACCGCAGUGGUAGAGGCUGCAUUAUACCGCUAUUCUGAAAAUCGCUCUCCCACUGUUUUCUUCUACUGCGAGAAUGAGUAUCAUAGAUCCCUGGACGGCUCAUAUAUUCUCUCUAGCUGUAUCAAACAACUUUGCGAUUUUUUGCACACGACGUCCAGACCUUAUCCGGAAGAUGUUAAGACUGAAAUUAGGAAGUUCUUCGGACCUAAACCGAUCCAGCCAGAUUUUGAAGACCUGAAAUAUAUCUUCAAUCGGCUUUUCCAUUCUGUGCCGGACGCUGUUUAUAUAAUUGAUGGGCUUGACGUUCUGAGCCAAAAUCAUGGGAAAGCCCUUUUGGGAUUAAUCCAAUCGCUGUUCUGUUUCUCUAGGCCCCCGCAAGGAUCACGGAUCUUGUUGCUCAGCAGGGACCAAGUUCCGGGAUACAUAAACAUCGCCACGUUUAUGCCUGGAAUUCGCCAGAUCUCGACGUCUGGCAAUGUUAUGGAAGACAUCGAAUCUUAUAUUGAAGCAAGCAUUAUUGAUAAGACCAUGUGCAGAAAACUUACUGAUGAUGCUGUUUUGGUGGAAGACAUCAAGCGUACGCUCUUAACGAAGUCGUCAGGAAUGUUUCUAUGGGUGCAUCUCCAGCUAGAGAUUCUCUGGGAUACUUGCUACACGGAUGCAGGAAUACGAUCAGCCUUAGCCACUCUGCCCAAAGGCCUGGAAGAAACAUAUGGCCGUUGCAUUGACAGAAUAAAUCUACAAGAUAGCUAUGCCCUAAAGGUACUCAAGUGGGUUAGCUUUGGAACUAGAUCGCUUCAUAUUGACGAACUGAGAGAAGCUGUCUCCUUUGACUUGGGAGAUACGGGGUGGAUCGCUGAGAAAAUACCGCAGAAAGAUGUAGUGAUUGGCUGCUGUGCGAAUCUUAUUGUCAUAGAUCCCACUGACAAUUGUGUACGCUUCGCGCAUCAUUCAGUGAAACAAUAUCUCGACAAAUAUCAAGGAAGAGAAGUUCAAGCCAAACGUAUUCGAGAGUACCCAAACACAGAGCAGGGAGAUUUAGAGUGUGGAGAACUCUGUGUUACCUAUCUUUCCUUCUCAGAUUUCAGUCUUCAACUAAGCAAACAAUCAGCAGAAAGAGCGGCAAUCGAAAUUCCACAGCCGGCUUUACUUGCGCGGCCAGUCCUCCGCCUCGGGCUCACCAAACCCUUCCUCCCAUUAUUUCGGAAGAAGAAUCAGUGCAUUUCAGUAUCAUUCCGCACGAUACGCACAAUGUCAACUCCAGAUCGGACACGGUACAAAUUUCUUGAUUACGCCGUCACAAACUGGGCUUUGCAUACAAAACGGAUACCCCAUACAUCAGUAGUCUGGGACAAAUUCAAGGCGCUUGCUACAUGUUUUAAUGAAACUUGGAAUUUCCACCCCUGGGUUCCUGGUGGUCGUUCAAAAGACUCUCAUCUACACGGUCUCUUUGGAUGGGCAGUAAAGGAGCCGCACGAGCGUCUUCUGUCAAUUGCACUAGCUGCAGGGCCUGUCUUACAACGUGUUUGUGAUCUUCCGCUGGUUGGGGAAAGACUCCCUGCUCUUCACGUCGCAUCAAAGUUUGGAUAUGGAGGCAUCGUUGAGAUUCUCCUGGAUUUCUGCAACGUUAAUGUGUCAGAUGAAGAGGGAUAUACUGCUUUACAUCAUGCAGCUAAUAGAGGACACAUCGAAAUCUGCAGACUACUUUUAAGCGCAAACAGCGUGAAAGUAGAUGCCGUAUCAAAGUCUCUAUGCACACCACUCUGGUUGGCUGCUAGCAACGGGCAUCGGGAGGUUGUAUCACUCCUUGUGGAGCACCAAUCGAAUACUGAAGCAAAAGGCCGUUCUCCCGGCCAGACAGCUCUUUCACAGGCUGCACGAAAUGGGCACUAUGGAGUAGUGGAGCUUCUGCUCGAGAAAGGGGCGGACCUAGAAUCUAAAGAUAUAGAUGGUCGAACACCUCUAUCAUGGGCUGUGAAAUGCCGACAUGAAGCGAUAAUGAAGCUGCUUCUCGAAAAGGGAGCAGAGCCAAAAUCCCAAGACAUUGACGUUCCAUCGUUGGUACUCUGGGCGUCAGAAAAUGGGCAUGAGGUGGCCAUGAGCAUGCUGUCCAGUCAUGUUGGGCAGCUCGACUUCGAGGAUUACAAGAACCGGACAUCACUAUCAUGGGCUGCAGAAAACGGGUAUGAGGUAGUGGUGAAGCUGCUGGUUGAUAAGGGUGUUUACCUGGAGACUAAGGAUAAUCGUGGUCGAGCACCGCUAUUUCUUGCUGUACAGAACGGGAAUGAGGCAGUAAUAAAUCUACUGAUUGACAGAGGCGCUGACCUGGAGACUAAGAAUAAUAUCGGUGAAACAUCGCUAGUCUACGCUGCAAAAAACGGACAUGAGGCAGUGGUAAAGCUACUCAUUGACAGAGGCGCUGACCUGGAGGCUAAGGGUAUCUUCGGUCAAACACCGCUAUUUUACGCUGCAGAAAACGGACAUGAGGAAGUGGUGAAGCUGCUGGUUGACAGGGGUGCUUACCUGGAGGCCAAGCAUAGUCGUAGCGGUCGAACACCGCUAUCAUGGGCUGCAGGGAAUGGACAUGAGGCAGUGGUAAAGUUACUGAUUGACAGAGACGCUGACCUGGAGGCUAAAAAAGGCGCUGACCUGGAGGCUAAGGGUAUCUUCGGUCAAACACCGCUAUUUUAUGCUGUGCAACACGGACAUGAGGCAGUGGUAAAGCUGCUGGUUGACAAGGGCGCUGACCGGAACGCUAAAGAUAUAGACGGUGAAACACUGCUAUCAUUGGCAGCAAGGCGAGGGCAGGAUGUUGUGGUCCAGUUUCUACGUUCGCACGAUACACUUACUUAA